UGUAGUAAUUAUUCUAUGGCGCUAACGAUUUGCCUUUCUUAGCACGUGGAUUGUAGUGGCGGUUAUGUUCGAUUUUGUCCGUCAUUGGUGUAUCGUUCGCAAAGAAAUGGUUAUUUUGUAAGCUCUGAAGUUAAUGGUGGUAUUAGAAUUGAGACUACAGACCGUUGUUGAUAGUGUCAUUAAUGAAUUUGGAGCAGUUGAUGAAAUGACAGUUGGAAGGGAGCUGAUGUAUGCGAAGAACGCCAAUUCCCGUGCUCCUUUGUCCGGUAUAAAUCCCACAUGAUCUGACCAGGGAUCUAACCCGGAAUGCGGCUCUGGGAAGCCGGCAACUAACCGCCAUAGCUACAUUUUCGUACAGAUGAACGCUACAAUUUAACAAAAUCAAAACUGCAUCAAGAACAGUCUAAUUAUAAACAGACGAAUAUAAUUUAUUUAACGCCAUUACCUAUAGUAGAAUUAACCUGUUUGUACAAUCGGAUUUCAUCUCCAGAACUCGUGUGGUUUUCGUGUUUAUUUUAAGCAGAAUCUGCUUGUUCAAACAUAAGAAAUUUACAAAACACUGUGGAUGUACCUCGCCAAAGAGGAAUCCGCUAGAGCAGAUCUUUGGAUCGAAGAAUACAAUGGCAUCUUCAUCUGUCAGGAAGAGAAUUAUUGCUGUUUGUCAGAUGACAGCAACAAACAAUAAAGAGAAAAAUAUGAGAACUUGUUCAGAAUUGAUUAAAUCCGCAAAGGAAAGCAAUUGCAUGAUGGUUUUCUUGCCGGAAGCGUGUGAUUAUAUUGGCGAGUCGAAAGCAGAAACCUUGGCAAUGGCACAACCUUUAAGUGGAGAUUUAAUGAAAACGUUUUGCAAUCUUGCAAAAGAAAAUGAUAUUUGGUUGUCCUUGGGAGGUAUACAUGAGCAAGUGAGCGAUGAGAAAGUACAUAAUUCCCAUGUUGUAAUUGAUAGUAAUGGUGAUAUAAUUGCUGUAUACCGGAAAGCACACCUGUUUGACUUAAAUAUUCCAGAAAAAGGAAUCAGACUGAUGGAAUCUGAUUAUGUUCUUCCUGGCCAAAUGAUACCUCCUCCUAUUAAAACACCUGUUGGAAAUCUGGGACUUUCAGUUUGCUAUGAUAUUCGUUUUCCAGAGCUAAAUUUAACCUUAGCUAAAAUGGGUGCAGAUAUUUUAACAUUUCCGUCAGCUUUCACAUAUGUUACGGGUGCAGCACACUGGGAAACACUUCUUCGAGCUAGGGCCAUUGAAAGUCAGUGUUAUGUUAUCGCUGCGGCACAGACUGGAGCACACAACAACAAGAGGACUUCUUGGGGGCAUGCAAUGGUUGUGGAUCCGUGUGGGAAUGUAGUUGCACAGUGCUCAGAAAACACAAACAUCGCAACAGCUGAACUCAAUCUAGAUUACAUCCAGAAUAUACGAACGUCAAUGCCUAUUUGGCAGCAUCGUCGGAAUGACCUGUAUAGAACAUUAAAGCCAAAAAAAUUGCUUGAAGAUCAACAGGCAUACACAUUUGGUAAUGCAGUUCUGAAUUCAGAUAAUCUUAUCUGCAAAACAACAAAUACUGUUGCAUUUAUAAGCCAAAACAGUAUUGUUCCUGGGCAUGUAUUGGUGAUGCCUUUACGUCAUGUAUCAAGACUGUCAAGCUUGAACAGUGAAGAAUUAUUUGAUAUAUUUUCUGUUGUUGAGAGAGUUCAAAGUGCCUUUGAAGAAUGCUACAGUGUUUCUGCAAAUACAGUGUACUUUAAAGAUGAAGGCAAACAACUGCAUAUCCAUGUACUACCAAGAAGACCUCAUGAUUUUCCAGAAAACGACAUGAUAUAUGAUCAUUUGGAGAAACACUCUGAAACACUUCCAGUUAGUUCAAGUUCAAGUGAUGUGAUUCAAGAAGUGAAAGUCCUACGAUCCUAUUUGAGUACUUCAUAAUACGGAUGUUCCAAAUGUUUAUGUAUUGCCAAUUUCUCUCAAUUUUGCAAUUCAUCGUACAAAUAAAUAAUAAAAGCCA